GGAAGUACGAAGAGACGACAGGGUCAAUCCGUGCCGGAGCGUUGGCCUCUCGCUGGGUGAUUGAUCAGUGCUCAAAGCUGCCUUCCGCUCCUCAGUAGGGAGAGUAAAGUAGCCGGGCGGAGCCGUGGCCCUAAAGUCUGAGUAAAGUCCGAACGGGCGCAUUUCCCCGACCCAACGCCGGCGCCAUGUGGCUUCUGCUGGUGCUGCUGCUGGCGGUGCUGCUGCUGGCAGUCCUCGGCAAAGUUUACCUGGGGCUAUUCGCUGGCAGCUCCCCGAACCCCUUCUCCGAGGAUGUCAAGCGGCCACCAGCGCCCCUGGUGACUGACAAGGAGGCCAGGAAGAAAGUUCUCAGACAAGCUUUCUCAGCCAGCCAAGUGCCAGAGAAGCUGGAUGUGGUGGUGAUUGGCAGUGGCUUCGGGGGCCUGGCUGCAGCUGCGAUUCUGGCUAAAGCCGGCAAGCGAGUCCUGGUGCUGGAACAACAUACCAAGGCCGGGGGCUGUUGUCAUACCUUUGGAAAGAAUGGCCUUGAAUUUGACACGGGAAUCCAUUAUAUCGGGCGCAUGCAGGAGGGCAGCGCUGGCCGUUUUAUCUUGGACCAGAUCACUGAAGGGCAGCUGGACUGGGCUGCCCUGUCCUCUCCUUUUGACAUCAUGGUACUGGAAGGGCCCGAUGGCCGAAAGGAGUUCCCCAUGUACACUGGGGAGAAAGCCUACAUCCAGGGCCUCAAGGAAAAGUUUCCGCAGGAAGAAGCUGCCAUUGACAAGUAUAUGAAGCUGGUUAAGGUGGUAUCCCAUGGAACCCCUCAUGCCAUCCUCUUGAAGUUACUCCCAUUGCCUGUGACGUGGCUCCUCGACAGGUGUGGGCUGCUGACUCGUUUCUCUCCGUUCCUUCGCGCAUCCACCCAGAGCCUGGCUGAGGUCCUGCAGCAGCUGGGGGCCUCCCCUGAGCUCCAGGCAGUGCUCAGCUACAUCUUCCCCACUUACGGUGUGACCCCCAGCCACACUACCUUUUCCAUGCAUGCUCUGCUGGUUAACCACUACUUGAAAGGGGCCUUUUAUCCCCGAGGGGGUUCCAGUGAGAUCGCUUUUCACAUGAUCCCUGUGAUUCAGCGGGCUGGGGGUGCUGUCCUCACGAAGGCCACUGUGCAGAGUGUGUUGCUGGACUCGACUGGAAAAGCCUGUGGUGUCAGUGUGAAGAAGGGGCAUGAGCUGGUGAACAUCUACUGCCCCAUUGUGGUCUCGAAUGCAGGACUGUUCAAUACGUAUGAGCACUUACUGCCGGAGAACGCCCGCUGCCUGCCAGGUGUGAAGCAGCAGCUGAGGAUGGUACGGCCUGGCCUGGGCAUGUUCUCUGUCUUCAUCUGCUUGCGAGGCACCAAGGAGGACCUGGGUCUGUCAUCUACCAACUACUAUGUUUACUAUGACACGGAUAUGGACCAGGCGAUGGAGCGCUACAUCUCCAUGCCCAGGGAAAAGGCUGCAGAACACAUCCCCGUUCUCUUCAUCGCUUCCCCAUCAGCCAAGGACCCGACUUGGAAGGACCGAUUCCCAGACCGGUCCACGAUGAUCGUGCUGGUGCCCACCGCCUAUGACUGGUUUGAGGAGUGGCAAGCGGAGCCGAAGGGAAAGCGGGGCAAUGACUAUGAGACCCUUAAAGACUCCUUUGUGGAAGCCUCGGUGUCGGUGGUCAAGAAACUGUUCCCGCAGCUGGAGGGGAAGGUGGAGAGUGUGACUGGAGGAUCCCCACUGACCAACCAGUUCUAUCUGGCGGCUCCCCGAGGGGCCUGCUACGGGGCUGACCAUGACCUGGGCCGCCUACAUCCUCGUGUGAUGGCCUCCAUGAGGGCCCAAAGCCCCAUCCCCAACCUCUACCUGACAGGCCAGGAUAUCUUCACCUGUGGGCUGAUGGGGGCCCUGCAAGGGGCCCUGCUAUGCAGCAGCGCCAUCCUGAAGCGGAACUUGUACUCAGACCUUAAGGAUCUUGCCUCUAGGAUCCAGGCAGAGAAGAAGAAGAAGUAGAAUUAGUUUCGUCAGGGAGCAGUCAGAGGAAUUUGGCCAAUGGCUAGGGCAGCUCCCUUGACUUCCCAUAAUGUCUUUCUGCACUAGUUCCUUGCACAUGGAAAGCACUCUAAUUUGAUUCUGAUUUCUGAAUGGAUCCCUAGUGUAAAUCAUAGUUUUGAAACUGAAACUCUUCCAGCUGGGGCAGACAAUGAUCUUUACACCUUUGGUGGCAUGCUGUUACUACUAAAAGGCCUAGUCUGGGCUACUGAUUUGGCUGGUCUUGGCUUGCUCUGCUCCCCUAACCCAUACCUCCUGACUCUCCACGAUGAAAUCAAAUAUUCCAUUGGUCAGGGGGAUGGGCCCUUACACUACUUGUCAGCUCAAGCAGGCGUGUCCAGUUCUGCCCUGAGGCUUCUUCUGUCAUACUUAGAGCUGCACUGUGGAAGUCUACACUGUUGAGGGAAGAGGGUGAGCAAUGAGGAUUUAGUCAAAACCUAGGCAUGGGUGUGGUUACACUUCCACAGGUUCAAAGGGCUCCAGGUCUCAUCUGUUCUGGUUCCAGUGGCUGUUCAGAGGACAGGAAAUACCCCCGACAGGGUUAGUGUGAUUCUAGAGGUAGGGGUAACUACAAGACCCACAAGUUAGUAAGGUGCAUAUUAGGAGAGCAUAUCCAAUUCGUUAUGUCUUCCUUACAACUGCGGUGGCAUCUGUUCUCAUCAUGCCAGCGCCAAGACACCUCAGGGAGCUCAGCACAUGGGCCUAGCCUCUAAGAGGAUAAUGGAACAGUGAUAUCAGGAGUCAGAGCACAGACAAGGAGAUGACUUCAUUGGGUUGAAGCAGGCUGAUAGCACGUUCCAGGCAAGGGCACAGUUGAGGACAGCACGGGGAGGCAACAAGAGUGUACCCCAACAACAGCCUACCUACCUCCUGAGUCCAACACAGGCUGCUGGGCACGGGAGAGGGGUGUGGGGAUGGAAAGUCACAAAAUGUAUACAAAACCCAGAAAUGGCAUUUGCAGUUUGCUGGUACAUCUUUGAGUGCUGAAUGAUACAGUGAAUGAAGACUCAAAGUUCAUGGAAAUCACCUUUCACUUGUGUUAAACUGAGUACGAGGGUCUUAUUUUAGUCCGUGUUAAUAUAAUAUUAAUAAAUUUAAUGAUUUCAUUGCCUUAA